GAAGCGUUAAACCAAUCAGAUUCUUUGCGCCGUUCAGCGGGAGAAACGGAAACGUUAGUCCAAAGUUUUAACGUGAAUCUGGUUGAUUUUAUGCUCUUAGAUGUUUUAAUGUGACGUUCACCUUGUCCAGAAUGCGACGCUCAGGAGCUCCCAGUCAACUUUUGGGUAAUGCUGUGAAAAAACCUCGGUUUGUGCCACCAGGAGCAUCUGGCUUACAUCCUGCAGCUGAAUCAAAGCCUUUAGCCCCUAACCUUGGUUUGGGGAAUGCUCUGGAUAAGGUCCAGAGAAGUCUUUCGGCACCAGUUGUGAAUAAAACUGCCUGCAGCGUUCAGGCUCAAACGGGCCAGACUGCUCCAGGUUUGUCCAAGGCGCUGGCCCGUGUUCUCAGUGCAACAGAGAGUAAAGAAAAUGAGGAAGAGACAAAAUAUGAAGACUCUACAGGAGACUGUGCAGAGGACAUAAAUCUAUCUGGAGUAAAUGGAAGCCCCCGGUGGACUCAUGGGUCUCCUCAAACCCCUCAACCCUCUGUAGAUUCGGACUGUGUUUUUGGAGCUGCAGGCUCUGACUCUGCCUCUGGACAGGACGCUGUACGUUACUUCAGUGUGGUGUGGUGCAAAGCCAGUAAGAAGAAACAUAAGCGCUGGGAGGGUGACGCUGUGCUGGUUACUAAAGGGCGAACAGUCAUACUCAAAGACAUGGAGGGGAAGGAUAUUGGAAAGGGUAGUGGCUACAAGGUGUCAGAGCUGGCCUCACUGUCUGAGGGAGAGACCCUGAUGAUUGGAGGGAAGGAGAUAGAGGUGAUGGGCAUUAUUUCUGCAGAGGACUUUGCCAAAGGCCGUUGUUUCCAAGAGGUUCACACAGAUCAAGUGGAGUUGCUCACAAAGGCUGCUUCUCCCUCUCGGCGCUUUAACUCCAAACCUUUCUGCCCCCCAACAAUGCUUGGCAGAGCAGGACAUCCAGAAAAUAAAACUCAAGGAGAACAAACCAGCAAACCUCGUUAUAACCCAUUAGCUCCAGGUGCACUAGUGAUGCCUCGCCCACCUUCUAACCACCAGUGGCUUCAUAACAAGUCAGGUCUUCCUGUGGUCGAUGUGGUAAUUGAUCCAUACCUGACCACGCACCUGCGACCCCACCAGAGGGAGGGCAUCCUCUUCCUCUAUGAGUGCAUAAUGGGUAUGAGAGCCGUAGGUCGUCACGGCGCCAUCCUGGCUGAUGAAAUGGGGCUUGGAAAGACCCUGCAGAGUGUGACGCUGUGCUGGACGUUGCUUAAGCAGGGACCUUAUGGUGGGAAAGCAGUUGCGAAGCGCGUCCUUGUGGUUACUCCAGGCAGCCUCGUGCAGAACUGGAGAGCAGAGUUUACCAAGUGGCUCGGGCGAGAACGAAUCAGUGUCUUCACUGUGGAUCAGGACCACAGGUUCGAGGAGUUUUUGGCAUCUCCUCUUCAUAGUGUUCUUGUGAUCAGCUAUGAAAUGCUGCUACGGUGUCUGGAGCAGAUCCAGAAAGUGGAGUUUGGUCUCAUAAUUUGCGAUGAGGGUCACAGACUGAAGAACAGCAGCAUCAAGACAUCCUCCGCCCUCAGCAGCCUCAGCUGUAAUCGCAGAAUCAUACUUACAGGGACGCCAGUCCAAAAUGACCUGCAGGAGUUCUACGCCAUUAUAGAGUUUGUUAACCCAGGAAUUCUUGGUUCGACAACCGCUUAUAGAAAAGUGUAUGAAGAACCAAUUCUACACUCCAGACAGCCAUCCUGCUCUGAGGAAGAGAGAGUUUUGGGGGAAGAGCGCGCUGCUGAACUCUCUCGUCUUACUGGCAUGUUCAUUCUGAGGCGGACGCAGGAGAUUAUCAACCGCUACUUGCCACCUCGUCUGGAAUGGACAUUGUUCUGUAUGCCGUGUCCUCUGCAGCAGAAGCUCUACAAACACCUCCUCUGCCACAAUGUCUUCAGAGCAUGCCUUCAGGGCUUCACGCAAGGCAGCGCACACCUGGCCUGCAUCACUGCGCUUAAGAAGCUCUGCAACCAUCCUGGCUUGCUCCACGUCACUGUCAAGGAGAGAACAGACCGCGGAUGUGUGGAGAGUUCUUUAUACGAGGGUCUCGCCGAUCUCUUCCCAGAAUCCUAUUCUUCAGCAGGAUUCAACACCUCCGACUCCGGAAAACUUUUAGUUCUCUCCAACCUGCUGAGUGCCAUCAGACAGCUCAGCCCUUCAGAUAGGGUGGUCUUGGUGUCAAACUACACUCAGACUUUGGACUUGCUUCAGGACCUGUGCCUACAGGCCUGUUACACGUUCUGUCGGCUCGAUGGUCAGACCCCCACGAGCCAGCGGCAGCGACUGGUUGACAGUUUCAACAGUCCCUACUCUCAGAGCUUUGUGUUUCUGCUCAGCUCAAACGCGGGCGGGGUGGGGCUUAAUCUGAUCGGAGCUUCCCACCUGGUGCUGUACGACAUUGACUGGAACCCCGCCAAUGACAUUCAGGCCAUGGCUCGAGUAUGGAGAGAUGGACAGAAAAAGACGGUGCACAUUUACCGUCUCCUCACUGCAGGCACUAUUGAGGAGCGUAUAUUUCAGAGACAGGUGUCCAAACAGGGUCUGUCGGGGACCGUGGUUGACUUGGGAAAAGCGGCAGAACACACAAGUUUCUCCACCAACGAGCUCCGAGAUCUUUUCAGCCUGACGGACACACCGUGUUUGACUCAUGAUCUGCUGAGCUGUAGCUGCAGCACGGACGGGUCUGUCAAUGACAUGGAGGUGGAGGAGGUGGAGCAUGUUUCUGACAGGCCUUGCCAGCUCGGUCGUCAGGGCGACCGCAGGGGGGCUGCACAGAAGCAUCUCAGCAUGUCCAAGCUCAUGCGGUGGAGACACUUCUCCGGUGACACACACUCCUUCUCAGACCCUUACCUCGAUCACGCACGAAGCCACAUCACCUUCGCCUUCCAGACCACCAUCUCCCACACAGCCCAGUGAACACCUGACCUAUCUGUUGACGGAUUUCCACACACAGUAUACCGGUCUAACAGUUUCCAACAGUGUUUUAUUUACUGUAUAAACUUCUAAAUUGUCCUAAAUUACUGUAACAUACUGUAAUAGUUCACAAAAUAAAUACAUUUCUCAAAGAAAGUGUGUAAAACUUGA